CAGCUCGCUCGUACCACAAUAAACUUUGGCCAAGCUUCACGCUGCUCGCUGUUUGUUGUGUUUCCGAAAGAGGGUGGCUGUGAAGUUUCUUGGAGGAGGAUGUGCGGGACCGUGAAGAACGCCGGAGGAACCUCUGAACCUCUUCGCCUAUUGCUGCGACUUGAACAAACUGUGCGGUCGCAGUCGUGUUUGUGUCUGGGGCGCAUGUCAGUUCGCCUGAGGGUUGGAUGGCCUUUUAUUGACGUGGUCAGCAAGAUCAACAUGACUGCCUGAGUUACUGGUUACAAGUGUUGUAAUUUGAUGAUAAGACUCGGGCCUCAGGCGCAAAGUCCUGCUGGUAGUUAAGGCUAUCAAUCAGUCUGAAUCCUCAACCCUUCAUACUGGUCCAUCAGUGCUUCACAGGGAUUUUGGUCUUGUGUUUUCUCCUUUUUUUGAAUCUGGCAAAAGCUGAGCCCAUAGAAGCAACAUGAGCGUAGACUCCAAAAAACCACGUAAGGCAUGUUGCUCCAAGCUCAAGCUGUUCCUGGUCUCCCUGGCCUUUAUGUACUUUGCCAAAGCUUUUGCUGGCGCUUACAUGAAGAGCUCCAUCACCCAGAUUGAGAGACGCUUCGACAUCCCCAGCUCUCUGACUGGGGUCAUAGAUGGCAGCUUUGAAAUGGGAAACCUGCUGGUGAUCGCCUUUGUGAGCUACUUUGGUGCAAAGCUCCAUCGUCCCAGGCUGAUUGGUAUCGGCUGCUUGGUCAUGGCCGCCGGAUCGUUCAUUGUUGCACUGCCGCACUUCCUGCAGGGCCCAUAUAAAUAUGAGACCAGUAUGUCCCACAACACUGAAGCCAACAGCACUGAAAGCAUCCUGCCAUGUUUGUCCAACCACAACCUGACUGAGAAGGACGAGACACCCGACGUAGCAGCCAUACAAGCUUGUGAAAAGGCAGUCGGCUCUUCCAUGUGGAUCUACGUUUUCCUGGGAAACAUGCUGCGUGGAAUUGGAGAGACUCCCUCCAUGCCUUUGGGAAUAUCCUAUCUAGAUGACUUUUCUAGACAAGAGAACACGCCUUUCUAUUUGGCCUGUAUCUACACAACAGGAAUGCUAGGCCCAAUGGUUGGGUUCAUGCUGGGCUCCUACCUGGCCAAGACCUACGUGGACGUUGGAUUUGUCGAUUUAGACAGCAUCACCAUCACCUACAAGGACUCUCGCUGGGUGGGAGCCUGGUGGCUGGGCUUCAUAGUGAAUGGCACAGUGAUUCUGCUGUCGAGCAUCCCCUUCUUCUUCCUGCCCAAAUCUUUACCAAAACAGGGGGAGGAGGAAGACGGCGGCAAAAAAAGUACGGAGCUAGCUUCUGGGCCAGAACAGGAGGGCUUCCUGCCAGAUGAGACCCAAGAUGGUGAAGACAAAGAGAAGACCACCACAUUUAAAGAAAUGGUUAAAGAUUUUGUUCCUUCGCUGAAAAGACUCUUCAGGAACAGCAUCUACACGAUGAUAAUCCUCACCAACCUGGUUGCGGUCAAUGCCUUUGUCGGCAUGAUCACCUUCAAACCAAAGUUCAUGGAGCAGAUCUACGGCCAGGCGGCAUCCAGAGCUAAUUUUCUCAUAGGCAUCAUGAACCUGCCCGCAGUCGCCCUGGGUUUCAUCACUGGCGGUUUUGUCCUGAAGCGUUUUAAAUUGGGUGUCGUUGGAGCGGCCAGAGUGUCCAUCUCUGCAUCUCUUGGGGCCUUUUGUAUGCUUUCCCUUCAGGGUUUCUUUCACUGCGACAACGCAGAGGUGGCUGGUUUAACGGUGGCGUACCAAGGUUACCCUCAAGUAUCCUACCAUCAUUCGACGUUGUUGUCGCCGUGCAACAUGGGCUGUUCCUGCUCCAUGAAGCACUGGGAUCCAGUCUGCGCCUAUAACGGCGUGACGUACGCCUCUCCCUGCCUGGCUGGAUGCCAGACCUCCACUGGGACAGGAAAAGCAAUGGUGUUCCACAACUGUACGUGCAUUGAUACCUCCACGUCUCCUGCUGCAAACAUGUCCGCCGUGCUGGGCCAGUGUCCCAGAAGGACUGAAUGUGACGACAAAUUUAAAAUUUACAUGGCUUUGUCAGUGCUGGGAGCCUUUAUUUCUGCCUGUGGAGGCACGCCGGGAUAUAUUGUACUGCUGAGGUCCAUCCAGCCAGAUCUAAAGUCUUUGGCACUAGGCAUGCAGACGCUGAUCGUAAGAACUCUAGGUGGGAUCCCUCCCCCAAUAUAUUUUGGAGCACUGAUUGAUCGGACGUGUUUGAAGUGGGGCACCAAGCAAUGUGGAGGACGUGGAGCAUGCAGACUUUAUGAUUCCAACGCGUUUAGGUUUACUUUCCUGGGAUUGAUUAUUGGACUCUACAUCCUGGCCAAUAUGCUGUGGGGAGUCCUCUACGUCAAAAUAGCUAAGAGACAGAAGAAGCUGGUGCUGAGGGGUCAGGCCAAAAAGAAUGGAGUGGAGGCUAACAGACUUAGCAAUGGACAUGCUAGCAUCAGCAUUGUUAAAUACAAAGAAGACACAAACAUGGAGAGCACUAUUUAACAUGUUGCAAGAAGGCCA